CUCGUCUUCUGAUCACCGACCGCCUCACUCAUCACCACCACUGCCAGUCUCGAUCAUUGAUAUGGCAGUCCAGCAUUUGUUGUUACAGACCUGAACAACCGGGUAUAGCUUCUCCCUACCACAGAACACCCACCCACCACCAUGGACCGCCUCCGGUCGCUCUGGCAGCGUCAGCCGCAGCAGUCCUACGCCCCCGUAGCGGAGUCCGAGGACGACAAUGAGCUCGUCAACAGCACCUCCGCCCUCCAACCCAAACCCCACCACGAACCUCCACACAGCAGUAAUGGCUUCUACAUCGAGUACUCCAUCUUCCUACUCCUGGGCGUGUCUAUGCUCUGGGCUUGGAACAUGUUCCUCGCAGCAGGUCCCUACUUCCAGUCACGGUUCCGCUCGAAUCAGUGGAUCUUCGACAACUUCCAAGCAGCGGAGAUCUCAGUCUCGACAUUCACAAACCUGACAACCAUGCUGGUGCUGUCAAGGCUACAGAGCGGAGCGAACUACGGCAAGAGAAUAGUCUUGGGUUUAGGGAUCAACAUGAUUGUUUUCUCCUUGUUGGCUUUGAGCACAGCGAUAGACACAGGAGCGGGCGUAUAUUUUGCAUUUCUGAUGUUGAUGAUGUUUUUGACAAGUUUCGCAACCGGCUUUUGCCAGAACGGCGUUUUUGCAUUCGUGGGCGGGUACGGAGAACCCAAGUUCACGCAGGGAAUCAUGACAGGACAGGCGGUAGCGGGCGUGCUACCUUGCAUUGCACAGAUUGUGUCAGUAAUGAGCGUGAGGCUGCGAGAAGGGGAGGGCCAGCAAGAACCGCAUGGACCACCGCCAGUGAACUGGAAAGCUGCCAUGGCAUACUUCAUCACAGCAACUGCGAUCAGCGUGGUCACCUUGCUGGCUUUCUCGGUACUGGUCGCAAGAGACAGAAGACCUGCGAAGAUUCAGCUACCAGAUUCUGGUGAAGUGGAGGAGCCUGUGGAGAAGAAAUCGAUACCGCUGCUCUAUCUGCUGAAGAAGCUCAUAUGGCUGGCCGGUGGUGUAUUUGUGACAUUCGCAGUCACAAUGGUCUUUCCGGUCUUCACGCAAAUCAUCGUAUCUGUUCGCCCGCCUUCAGAGCAGCCACCGAUACUACAACCAGCUAGCUUCAUUCCACUGGCCCUGCUUUUCUGGAACGCUGGCGACUUGGUCGGGCGCCUGCUCACUGCCCUGCCGUCAAUAUCAUUGACCCGCUGGCCGAGACUCGUUUUCUUGUUGGCACUUUCACGAUUGAUAUUUGUUGGCCUCUAUCAUCUCUGCAACAUCCGCGACGAAGGAGCUAUCAUCUCAAGCGACUUCUUCUAUCUGGUAGUUGUACAGCUACUCUUUGGUCUUUCGAAUGGCUAUCUGGGAAGUACUUGCAUGAUUGGUGCCAAUGAGUGGGUGGAGGAGGAAGAACGUGAAGCUGCCGGCGGCUUCAUGGGACUAUGCUUGGUAGGAGGACUGACUGUCGGCAGCCUCCUGAGUUUCUUCAUCACGGGCACCUGAAGAAUCAGAAUUCUCUUUUGACACCAGUCUCAUCACAGAUCUGCGCGUUGUUAUGACAUUGAGGCGCAUUCCAUUUCCCUGUCCCGGCAUCAUUGCUUUGCGAAAUAACGGAGUUCCCAGUCAGACGAGGGUCGAACGAGGCUGUAAUUCGCCCGAGUUCAAUCAAUUAGCACCAGUCUCUUUCAAUAACGCCAAGAACAUCUAGAAC